GCGAGCAUUCACCAUCGUUGAUGGCCGCACGGCGGGUCUCGUAUACUAAACGACAGCGAGUUUCGCGAGUCAAGUGUGCACGCUAGUGUCUAAUGCGAGGAAAAUUUGGUCCCAGAGAGCAGCCGGGACCCGGAGGAAUUAUUUAAAGUGGAGAAAGGAUGUCAUCUGUUCAAGUGGACAGGCCCACCAAGAUGGGCCAGGUUAGUAGGAAGGAGACCGACAAGUCUCGGAAGCCCUUCAACCCAUCGCACAAGAAGCACAAGCACGAGGACGGCAGGUACUUCAAGUUCGGCAGGAAGAGGUUGCAAAGCUUUACAACCAAUGGAAAGUUUUUCCCACCGUACAAGAGGAGGAAGAAGGAGGGCAUCAUCAUUCCUCCGACAAAGUUUCUGCUCGGUGGGAAUAUAUGCGAUCCGCUGAAUUUAAAUAGCAUGCAGGACGAAGAGGUGAAUCGUGCAAUGAAUGCAGUCACUCCAAAGUCGAGCCCUCUACCAACUCCGAAGCACAGGAAGGAAACAAUUGAGGUCAUUAUACCGCCGAAUAUCUGCGACCCGUUGAACCUGAGCAACUGCGACAAUGAGGACUAUGAGAAGCAGCUGAUUUCGCCAACGAAGAAAGGCUCCAAGCGUCGGAACAGGAAGAGGAAGCGCGCCUCUUCUGGAUCAGGUAAGGACGACGCGAACGAAGCAGCCGAGGCGAAAUCUGUGGAUACUGUAGAAAUUCCCACUAUCGAGAUCAGCGAGGUAGGAGAACCGAAGAAGCCGAAAGUUGAGCCAGUGUUGGCUCCUCCGAGUCCUCUGCCAAACAACCCACCUAAGGAAGCAAAGCAGGAGAACCUGCAAAAGGAGAAGAACAAGCUUCGCCUGAAAGGCCUCGAAGAUCCAAAAGAUAAACGUCUGCGUAAAGUGGACAUCAAGGACAAGAUCGUCAGCCCUGUAAUUCCACAGCCUGGAGCAUGGAAGACUAGGCCGCAGCAUAGACCGAGCCAAGACAAGAAGAAGAAGGCAGUGCAGCAGACACCAAAUUUUAGGGAAAAGGACGCUCGGUACCAGUACGGAAACUACAAUAGAUAUUAUGGAUAUCGUAAUCCUCACCAUGACGUAGAUUCGAGGCUGCCAGUAUUCGCUCAACGCAAGGAACUGUUUAUCGGCAAGGAUGUUCUUGACAUCGGCUGCAACAUUGGUCAUAUUACCUUGUCAGUGGCGAGGGACUUUUCUGCUCGAAGCGUGACUGGCAUUGACAUCGAUCGAACACUUAUCAACAUCGCCAGAAAAAACAUCAAGCACUAUGUCAACUGUGUUCAGUCUCCAGCGAGCAUCGAGGAUGGUGCAGAACGUAAGGAUUGCGAUCCAAGCUUCUUCCCAAUGUCUAUGCCUAUUAAUUACGGGCCGAUAGAUAUCCCUGGGUUUACGAAGAAUAGCAAAUAUAAGGGGUUCCCUUAUAAUAUCACUUUUGUACAGGGUAAUUACGUUUUGGAAGACGAUGCUCUCCUUUCAUCGGAGCAGCCUCAGUUCGAUACGAUUCUUUGCCUCUCGAUAACCAAGUGGAUUCAUCUGAACUUCGGAGACGCUGGACUGAAGCAAGCAUUCAAGCGCAUGCAUGCCCAGCUUCGGCCUGGUGGAGUGCUGGUAUUGGAGCCACAAAAUUGGAGCAGUUAUGGGAAGAAGAAGAAUCUUACUGAGAGGAUCCACAAGAACUACCAGAGCAUCGAGUUCUUACCGCACAAGUUCACCCAGUACUUGUUAUCAUCAGAGGUAGGGUUUGGAAAAUGCGAAGUGGUUUCAAUACCUCCUCACCCUUCGAAGGGUUUCCAGCGUCCUGUGCACCUCUUCACGAAGGCUACCCUGAGUCCAGAGGCUGCAAGUGGCCAGACACCGGGCACCUCUACUCGCAUCGAACGCAGAGACCAUGAACAAAGAGAACUGGAGAGACGUGAGUAUGAACGUGAACUCUUCCCCAAGGAGACGAAGAAGGAAGGCAACAUGUCGGAGAUAAGCCAGCGGAGCAGUGAAUCUCUCAGUCAGUACGAGCAGCUAGAAAACGUGUACGCCCCCAGUGCCACACCUUGCUACGACACACCAGGCUACACCGAGGACAGUCAGCCCUUGGUGCCUGCGAAGAUGUGCUACGUAGACCUGGGUAUCGACAAUGACAGGCCAGAAGAGAAGGAGUCGAAGGAAGUGUCUGAGAAACAGUGCUCCGAAGAAAAGUUAAAACGCGCAAGAGGAAGUGACCCUGGUGACAAGGCGUCUCCUCCCACUGCAUGUAAAGCCACUCCGAUCACCAUCGAGAACCCAGAAUCUGCGAAGCCAACCCCUAUGGACAUCGUCGCAGACCUGGACGCUCCGAAGAGAGGUUCCAAGGACUCUGGAAAACAGUGCCUGGAAGUGACAUCCCAAACACCUAUCCCUAAUCUCUCCAAAGACUCAAAGACGGACGGUCCUACACAGUCUAAUCAAACUAAGUGCCCCGAAACGAACAACACCGAAGAUAGGCAGGCAUCUUCAGUGAAGUCUCCUCCCGAUGCACUCCCUGAGGACGUUCCUGCAGAAAGCUGCGAUUCAACUAGUGUGCAUCAAAUCACUAGGGACAGUAGUGUCAACGAGCCUGUGGAGAAUAGAUUAAGUUGUGAAAAAAUCCCUGGCAAUGAAGUCGAUCUCAGUAUGCCAGAAGACGUUCGGAUCGACAAAGGGCCAGAAGUCGUCGAAGGUUCGGCAUUUUCCCGUGAAUCCGACGCAACGCCCGAAAGUAUCUCUCCGGUGUGUACGAGUAAAGGCGACCUCGUCUCGGACAACACAUAGAUCGGCGCGAAUAAUGUACUUGUCGCUUGAUUCAGGCGAGGCCAGCGGUACUGCCCAUCUAUGUGCGGCUCUGACCGCAGUUCGGCCCGUUCACUCGGGGGAUAUAAAUAUUUUUUUCUUUUUUUUUUUAUACACAUUUCGUUAAUCACCAAAUGCGGUAUAUUCACGCACUCACGUCGGAAGGAUGUUCCUCUUUUGUUCGCUUCGCUCCCACUGACCAUGGGAGACAUUAAGCUAGUCAAAAUUCGAAUUUAGUCUCGCCAAUCCCUGAUCGAGUAAGCGGGUCCCUCGCGUCUCGAUUUAAGCCGAAAGUCGGUGCGCAUCCCCGUGUCCUUCGGUUCUCCUUUCGCUUUCUUUCCGGUGACAAAAUCAUCAACCAUUUCUGUUGAAUCGCGCGAAACGAAGAGGCGAGGGACUAGCUCUGGAUCCUAAACGCAAGGGGUGUUGUUUAAAGCCGCUUUACACAUAGAUUUGCUUGAAACGCCCGCCGGUACCAAGAAAUAUCUACGUUCCACUAGCGUUUGCUCUCCCCUUAACCCACUUUCUGUCUAAAAUUGGGUUCUCCAACUCGAAAUAGACACUCGGCUCGGUUUAGCACUAAGUUUCGGGAUUAGUUUCAUUCGCACCGAGGUUCGGACCUUUACGGCGAGCGAUUUCUCCGAAUCUUUUUUUAAUGGCAGUCCGCUAGCCGAGUCUUUCGUUUCGCUGCGAAGGUUUUGGCCCCUUCUGUGUUAAACUAGUACCUAUGUGUUAAGCCUCCAAGCGAGUGUGUGCGUGUGCGUGUACUGGUUGUGCCUGUAUUAAAGUUAAUUGCGAGAGUUGGGAAGAACAGAGAUUCUAAGUCCGUGCCUAAGGGCGUCAUUUUCGCAUUUUCGCUCCGCUCGUAGAUUUUACUCGACCCAAGACUGACUUCUGGCUUUACAUGAGGAACAAACGAGAGAAGAAAAAAAACAAACAAAGGGAGAAAAAUUCGUUAACUGCGCGUGUACCCCUUCCGUUUUGCUAAUUAGUCCUCUGGAACGUUUGUAAAUGCGUAGCUACGCGUGGCGGUCGUCUUCUGCGCGUGCGUCACCGUCACGUGAUGGCAGAACGCAUGCGCAGAAGAUACGGGACACGCCGUUUGUUGCCGUUUCCUGGUUACUGGAUUUCCUUUCUUUCGGUGCUUAAUUAGCAGCAUGGGAGUAUUACAUGUAUUUAAUAUAUGCGUUGGGCGGUCGGGGUUCCGUUUUGCCGACUUCGGUGCGGACGGUCAAGUUUCCCUGUUUUCCUUCUUUUUUUCUUCUUUUUUACCUUCAGCACCCCGAUCGCACUUUUCAAUUUUCGCUGCGAAAUAUCCCCGCUUGGGAGCGAGAGGUCGUUAAGUCGGAAUCGCUAAGCGUUUCUACGUAGAAAUUGUAAAGAUAUAUCGAGAAGGAAUGGGGAAAGAACUGGGAGGAUAUCGAGAUCACUUUGGGGAGGGAGGGGAGAAACGGAGAUAUCCCUGGAGUAGCUCGCUUGUAAAUUUUGUGUAUUUUUAAAGCCCGGAUAUAUUGUUUGAUAGUUGUUAUUUAUUCGUUUUUCCUUCUUCUUCUUCUUCUUCCUUCUCGGGCGGAGCCUUCGACGUCGCGAAGAGUAUUACCGGGGAGUGGCGCCGCCAUUUUGCGCGCGAUAAGGCGAUCGUCACUUUUAAGAUGCGAAUCUUGCGAAUCCAAAAGACACGAAACCUGUAUAAGAGAAAGAGACCAAAAAAGAACGAUUUAUAGCGAACGUCCGCGUCUAGUCGAGCUUUCUGGGCGAUACGAGUUUUUGUUUAUUUUUUUUUUCCGGUUUCCCCGGCAUUUCCAGUCGUUCGACCGUUACUUUUUAAAUCUCCCGCGUCUGGAGGAGGGACGCAGGGCGUACCGUUAUUUUUUUUUUUUCCAUUCGAUCCGAAAAUUCGGAUUCGGUGGUUGCCGCGGGAAAUACUGGCCCGAUUAGACGAGGGACUGCGAAAACCGAUAUGUGUAGAUA